AUGCCAUCUGCGCUGAUCUUGAUUGCCAAUGGCACGGAGGAAAUGGAGUUUACCAUCACAUAUGACACUCUCGUACGCGCGGGAGUACAGUGCACUUCUGCUUUGAUUCAUCUAGACGGUACUACUGGCGGAUCCGAGUACGCUGAAUGUUCUCGUGGUGUACGCAUCAUUCCGGACAUCGAAGAGAAAGAUCUGCCUGUCGACGUCGUUGGAUCCUAUGACGCUAUAAUCAUCCCCGGAGGCGCUAAGGGUGCGGAGACGUUAUCCCAGAAGCCGGUCGUGCAGACACUUAUCAGAGGAUUCUACGAGAAGAAAAAGAUUGUCGGCAUGAUUUGCGCUGGUAGCCUGGCUGCGCUCACGUCUGGACUACCCAACCAACCACUGACUUCACAUCCAUCGGUAAAGGAACAGCUUGACCGGGCCUUCGCCUAUCGCGAGGAUUCAGUCAUUGUGUCAAAUAACUUGAUAACCAGUCGCGGGCCAGGUACCGCGUUCCCCUUCGCCUUCACACUCGUCGAGAAGCUGUGCGGUUUGGAGAAGCGCAAGGAAGUUGUCGGCCCUAUGGUAUUCCCAUCGUCAGCCUCCUGGGUCUGA